ACCAGCUUCACGAAGCUAGUGCUAGCGAUUUUGGAGCGCGACAAUUUCCGUUCUUUCUUGCAGCCGGAGUAGCCAAAAUGACAAUGAAGAGGAGGAACCACGGGCGUGCCAAGAAGGGACGAGGACGCGUCCAGGCCAUUCGCUGUACAAACUGCGCCCGCUGUGUUCCCAAGGACAAGGCGAUCAAGAAAUUCGUCAUCCGGAACAUCGUGGAGGCGGCUGCAGUCAGGGAUAUCUCCGAAGCCAGCGUCUUUGAUUCGUACGUUCUGCCCAAGCUCUACGUGAAGCUGCAUUACUGCGUCAGCUGUGCCAUCCACAGCAAGGUGGUGAGGAACCGCUCCCGGGAGGCGCGCAAGGACCGCGCCCCGCCCCCCCGCUUCAGGCCCAGCGGUGCUGCCCCGAGAGCUCCCCCAAAACCCAUGUGAUGUGGACCACCCAGGAGGAUGUGUACAUUUGUUAUGCUAUACGAAAAAUAAAAACGAUUUUGGAUAUA